UAACCAAAGAGAUUGAGUUGGAAUUUAGAAGUACCAAAUCGUAGAAAAAAAUAAUUAUGAGAGCUAAUUGAGCCAUAUGAGUGAAUUGGGUGCUCAGUUUUGUAUUUACUAUUUACCACUGGUCCACUGCAUGAUGGAGAGCAGAGCCAGCCCCCUUGUCUUCUUCCUUUUCCCUUCAGACUACACCUCUUUUCUUCCCCCUCCUCUGUAAGUUUUGAAACUUGUUUGUCAUGCAAACCGCUUGCUCGCCAUCUCACCUCUCUACGUGUCACUCCCUCGCCCCUCCUUUACUCACUGUAUAACUCCCCCACCACCCCUUCUCCCUCUCACCGAUUCCUCUCAUCAUUCAUCUAAAAAACUUCCAAAGCUCUUCAUUGUGCUUGUAAAGGCCCAAGCUUUUUACCCGCAAAAGAAAAAAUGGCGACAAUGGGGGAUCGUGGACAGCAGCACCGCUUCGAUGCUUAUGGUGGUGGAGGCCGUUAUGGAGGCGGCCUCAAGGGCGACCCACACCAGAGAACAGGACCUUCACCUUCCAAGGUACUUGCAGUCGUCACCAUGCUCCCCGUGGGCGGCACUCUCCUGGCGCUGGCCGGGAUAAUCCUCGUCGGGACUCUCAUCGGAUUGGCUGUCGCCACUCCCGUGUUCAUCAUCUGCAGCCCUGUGAUCGUCCCUGCUGCUCUGCUCGUUGCGUUUGCCGUCACUGCUUUCUUGACCUCGGGGCUUGCUGGGGCCACGGGGCUGACUGCUUUGUCGUGGUUUGCUAUGUACCUACGGCAAGCUGUGCGUGCUAUUGCUCCUAAUGCAAGCCAGGCUGUGCCCGAGACUAUGGAGCAGGCCAAGAGGCGCAUGCAGGAUGCAGCUGGGUAUGCCGGCCAGAAGACCAAGGAGGUCGGGCAGGAGAUCCAGAGGAAAGCUCAGGAGACGAAAUGAAGGAACGACGAAGAAGAUCCGAGAU